GGAUAAUGUGUUCCCAUCAAGAUUCUUAUUUUAUUAUAAUCAUUAACUGUUGAUACUAGAAGUACUUGAUAUUAUCCAGCAAGAAUAAUUUUGAUUAUUUGUUUGAUACUACCAAAUAUUGACUGCAGAUUGUGAGUGGAAGGCUCAGGCAGGGAAUGUCUGUGUCGCCUCAUUCGAUUGGACCUGCAAUGGGAUCUGCAAAUCAGUUGAGAGGAUGAAGGAUGUUCACCAGAGGUGUGGAGAGGGUGAGCAUUCACUAUGGCAUGCAGUUUUUUGAAAAACAAUGUUGCCUCCAAACUCAGGGGGAUGCAUGUAGGUGGGCCAAAAAAGAGAGGAAACACCCAAAUUUCUUGAGCUGGUUCGAGCAGUUUGUAUACAGCAAAUGAAAGUAAUUUCAAAAUGUAAGACAACAUAGAAACGGGAGGGAGAAAGGACCACGCAGCUUAAGUUUCUUCUCCAUUUUGUAGGAGGAAGAGACCCCAAUAGCUGCACUAGUGAGAGAGUGUUUGUAAUUAGCCAUUCUUCAAUUGCUUCCAGUGGGGCAUUUUGUAUGUCAACUCCAUAAUAAGUGCCGAUAUUUGUG